UGCCGGCCAAGGUCACACUAAUUGCGGAUUGUUGUGCUGCGCUCUAUAAAGUACUUGAAAUUUCUAUAUUUUUGCUCAUUUUUUGUUGUUCCCACAAGAGAGUUUGUCGUUUCCCAGCUUUCCAACUCAAUUCCACACCGCUUUCCGAAGCGAAGAGCCCGUCUUUUGCAACGACGCAGUUGUGAUUUGGCAAUGUUAUUGCUGACAGCAGAUUUGUGACCUUUCGAAGAACAAUAACAAUAAACAACAAAAAAUGCAGCGCCUGCACGUUGCUCUGCACCUGGGGAUUCUGCUCAUCCUGGGAUUCUCACAGGUGUCCACUGAGGAGGUCAACAUCGUCCACUACCAGCCGGAGCAAGUGCAUCUGGCCUUUGGAGAACGCACCGAUAGCGAGAUAGUCGUCACUUGGUCCACGCGCAGCCUGCCGCCGGAUCUGGAAGUGGGUGCGGCCAGCGUGGUGGAGUACGGUCGGCUGGUGGCCGGCCAGGCCAGGCUCACCCAAUACGCCCGUGGCACGGCCACCAAGUUCGUGGACGGUGGUCGCAAGCAGGCCACGCAGUUCAUCCACAGGGUGACGCUUAGCAAUCUGGAGCCGAACGCCACGUAUGCCUACCAUUGCGGCAGUGCCUUUGGCUGGUCGGCGAUCUUCCAGUUUCGCACGGUACCGUCCGCAUCCGUCGACUGGUCGCCAUCGCUGGCGAUCUACGGGGAUAUGGGCAACGAGAACGCCCAGUCCCUGGCCCGAUUGCAGGAGGAGACGCAGCGCGGCAUGUACGAUGCCAUCAUCCAUGUGGGCGAUUUCGCCUACGACAUGAACUCGAAUAACGCGCGUGUGGGGGAUGAGUUUAUGCGGCAGAUCGAAACGGUGGCCGCCUACCUGCCAUACAUGGUGGUGCCCGGCAAUCAUGAGGAAAAGUUCAACUUCUCAAACUAUCGCGCCCGCUUCAGCAUGCCGGGUGGCACGGACAACCUGUUCUACAGCUUCGACCUGGGACCCGUUCACUUUGUGGCCAUCAGCACGGAGGUCUACUACUUUCUCAACUAUGGCCUGAAGCCGCUGGUCUUUCAGUUCGACUGGCUGCGCGAAGACCUGGCCAAGGCCAAUCUGCCAGAGAAUCGGGAGAAGCGGCCAUGGAUUAUCAUCUACGGCCACCGGCCCAUGUAUUGCAGCAACGAGAACGACAACGACUGCACCCACUCGGAGACCCUCACCCGGGUGGGCUGGCCCUUCGUCCACAUGUUCGGAUUGGAACCGCUGCUCUACGAGUUCGGCGUGGACGUGGCCAUCUGGGCGCACGAGCACUCCUACGAGCGACUCUGGCCCAUUUACGAUUACGAGGUGCGCAAUGGGACGCUGAAGGAUUCGCCGUACGAGGAUCCCCGUGCGCCUGUGCACAUCGUCACGGGAUCCGCCGGCUGCAAGGAGGGAAGAGAGCCGUUUAAGGGCAAGAUACCCGAGUGGAGCGCGUUUCAUAGCCAGGAUUACGGCUAUACGCGGCUCAAGGCACACAAUCGCACCCACCUACACUUCGAGCAGGUGUCGGACGACCAGAACGGCGCCAUUAUCGAUGACUUUUGGUUGGUGAAAUCCAAGCACGGCAGCUACCAGAAUUAAAGAAGAUCCGACCCGAACAAAUCCAAGCUAAAGGAGUCUCCAGGCAUUUCACGCAUCAAUAGAAACUGGCAGUAUUAGUAGCGCACAUUCGCCUCGACCUGAUUCGCUCACAAACUAUAGCAAUUAAGCGUGGCACAUUCCUUAUCCAAAAAUCAGCCCAAAACAAACAAACUACAGUUUUUACUUAGCCAAUUUUACAAUCUCAGCAUUUACACAUUAUAAUGCGCCUUUAAGUGCAUUUAACUUGAAGCUGCAUACUAAGCAAAUUCGAAGUACCCUGAAUUUAUGCUUAGUUUCUUAUAUGUUUUGUAUGCAACUUCAAGAUUAACAACUGGUACUCGGCUUCAAACAUUCUUGUGUUUAGAUUUAUUGUCAGUAUCACAUCGACGGUUGCAAAACAACGUGGUAUCCAAAAUCAGAAAAUAUAAUAUCCGGUUUUACUGACACAUUACUAUUUUAACUAUUUGUCCACCAAUAGCUUAAAUGCGUACGUAUUUUUUCACUGACUAAUCCAUUUUAUAAUGACUAUGUCUUAGUCUAAGACUUAUUUUAAAAUUGUUUCUUUUAAAUAAUUUAUGUUUGGUAAAACAUAAAUAUUGGCUUAAGAUAUGUAUUCCUUGGAAUAUUUUCAUUGCACAAUAUUAUGAAAAUUUCGUUUUUCUACCCCAAAUUAUAACAUUCCCUAAAAUUACGCCUUACAUCCGUAAAAUCCGAGUACCGGGGGUAUUUAUAGUCCAGGCACUCCGACUAUAUACUAAUUGUUGUUUAAAUACUAAGUAUCUUCACAAUAAAUGGCGCGAACUAUCAA